CCCUAACCCCCUCUCGUCUUCUCUUUGCUUCAUUCGAAAAUGGCGACUUCAGAAACUGUGAUUAAGGACAUGUACGACGUCGGAUUAAAACCUCGUAUGAUCCGUACGCUUCUAAAAGAAGAUGUCCCUGACGAUAAAAUCCCAUUUGAUUCUCCAUCAAAACUCUCCCGUAUUAUCUCCUGCAUUCAGUCUCACAAACUCUUAUCAGAGCCUUCAAUCACUGAUAACAACAAACAAAUCGAACGGUGGAAGUCCUCCGUCAAUGAUUGGGUCACUCGCUUGUUGUCUCUUAUCAGUAAAACCACCACCACACCAGAUAAAUGCUGGGCUGGAAUUUGCUUGUUGGGGGUGACGUGUCAAGAGUGUAAUGCCGACCGGUUUCUGGGGUCUUAUGCUGCUUGGUUUGAUAAAAUGUUAACGCAUAUUCAGUCACGAGGGGAUUCUCAGUUUGUGAAGGUGGCUGCUUGUACCUCGAUAUCGGAUUUGAUCACAAGGUUGGCGGGAUUUCCAAAUGUGAAAAAGGAGGGGACUUCACUUUCUGGAAAAGUCAUUCAACCUGUUUUAAAGCUGUUGAAUGAGGAUAGUUCAGAGGCUGUAUUGGAAGGAGCAAUUCAUCUGUUAUGCACUGUUAUAUCUUCCUUUCCUGCUACACUUCAGCGUCAUCAUGAAAGUGUCGAAGCUGCUAUUACAUCAAAAAUAUUUUCAGGAAAAUUCAGUGUAAAUUUGAUGAAGAAGCUAGCUCAUUGCCUAGCAUUGCUUCCCAAAUCAAAGGGAGAUGAAGAUAGCUGGAUUUCAGCAAUGAGGAAGGUUCUGUUAUUGGUAAAUGGUUACCUAACUGAAAUCUUCACCGGUCUAGAGGAAGAAACAAAAUGGGAUGAAGCUGUUAGAUUAUUGGUUCCGCCAGGAGAAGUUCCUCCACCUUCUUUAUGGGGUCAAAAGUUGUUAGAGGAUACCUCAGACAAGGAAAGAAAGAGAUCCAAGCUGUGUAGUAUCUCUAUGUUCAUGCUUAGCUGUUGUGAAAUGCUUACAAAUUCAUAUCCUGUCCAGGUUUCAGUGCCUGUUCGCUCAUUACUGGCCCUUGUUGAGAGAGUGCUGAUGGUCAAUGGCUCAUUGUCACCAACCACAUCAUCCUUUGUGAUUUUAGCAGAACAAGAGUUCAUUUGCUCUGAACUUCCAGUUCUGCACUCAUAUGCUUUGGAACUUCUUGCUUCAGUCAUAAAGGGGAUUCGCAGUCAACUAUUGCCACAUGCUGCAUAUAUUGUGAGGCUUGUUAAAGAAUAUUUUAAGAGAUGUGAGUUACCAGAGUUAAGGAUAAAAGUCUACUCCAUCACAAAGUUGUUGUUGAUGUCCAUGGGUAUUGGAAUAGCGAUAUAUCUUGCACAAGAAGUUGUCAACUGCUCUCUUCAUGAUUUAAAUCCCAUCCUUGAUGGUACAUCUUUUCAUGCAAAUGCAAAAUCCGAACUUUUGCUGCCACCUUUACACAGAAAGAGAAAGCAUGGUGCGACUGGAUCUCUUGAACAGCUCCAUGACAGAAUUGGUUUGGAGGUGGAAACAUCCAAGAACCGUCCAACAGCGAUUUCUGUGAAGAUAGCUGCACUCGGGGCAUUGGAAACUCUUCUAACUGUGGGUGGCGGUUUGAGAUCCGAGUCUUGGCGUUCAAAAGUUGAUAAUCUUUUGAUAACUAUUGCAACAGAAUCCUGUAAAGAAGGAUGGGUUAGUGAUGAAAGCAAAACUUUCUUGCCCAAUGAAUCAACCCUAACAUGCUCAGAUUUACAGUUAGCAGCAUUACAUGCACUUUUGGCAUCUCUCCUUUCUCCUUCUGGUGUACGUCCCCCACAUUUAGCUCCUGCUCUUGAGCUUUUCCGUAGAGGCAGGCAAGAAAUUGGAACAAAAGUAUCUGAAUUUUGUGCCUACGCACUCCUAGCCUUGGAGGUGCUUAUACACCCCCGGGCACUUCCGCUGGCUGAUUUUCCCUCUGCGAGCUCCUUCAAUGAAGUUAACCACAGAUUCCCAGAGAAUAUAUACUCUGUUGCCCAGAAGCACAGUAACCCAUAUUCAAGUGGCGUGCAGGACACAGGACAUGGCCUUUCUGAUUCAGAUGAUGAUUUGUAUAAGAGUUGGCUGGAUAGUAGCAAGGAAACAGAGGCUCCAGUGGGUAAAAGUAUGGACACUGAAAGGCCUUCUGAAACUCUAAGGGUUCAACAGGGAGAAAAUAUUCCCGUGGCUGGUUCAUCAGGUGCAAAAAGUCCUCGGAGAAAUGGGCACAGCCCAGCAGCUGCUAGUGCAGACAUAGAGAUGAGGCGUGGUGAUGAAACAAUGGUUGACUCACAGCAAUUGCAAGAAUCCAUGGAGCAGCAUCAGGAAUCUUCCAAAGGUGCCUCCAUUCCUACUGUUACUGGUGAUCCAAAUGUUACCACCGUGGACUUGACAAGUUUUGCUUCGAAAGAUGAUGCAUUAAAUUCCAGGGAUACUGAAAUGGCAUCAGUGCAAGCCGUUGUGGCAGGUGAAAGUGACGGGCUUGCCACCAAAGAUGGAAACACAACAACCUUAAGUGCUCAGAAAGGUACGACAUUUGCUAUUGAAGAUGAUAAUCAACCAACUGAUUCUCUCCCUGAUAUUGUGGAUGUUGAUCCAGAUUCUGAUUAGGAAUUAGUAUAGGAGUGUUGACAAUGUAUUUGUAUCUUGUAACAAUCAAAAAAGGAUCAAGCUGAGUGAUGCAAUGCGAAAUUUUCCUCAUGUUUCAGUUUCUACUAAGCUGUUGAACUGUGGGUCCAAAAACAAUCAAAGAAAAAAAAUGAUAACUGUCAACUUUCCCAGAAA